CAGGCCGACCAGCCGAGCACCGACAGCACUGAUCUCUGUAGGGGUUCUGGACGCCAUGACGACCAGCAGGACCUCUGCCAGGCGUCGCUGCACGACUAUCUGGACGGCUGUUUCCCUGAAGCCAGUAGCUCCGCCCCCAGCACCAUGCCCCGCCCCCUGGCCGAGUCACUCCACACUCAGUACCUCAGCGCCUGGACUCUCAGCCAGGCGUUGGUGCUGCGGGCGCGGCCCCGUAGCCAAUCAGCAUCCAGCGCUGAGAGAAGUCCCCCCUCUCAACCUCCAGCCAGCGCCCCCUCCACCCCCCAGUCCUCCAGUACUCCUGAACUAUUCAGCCCCGCCCCCUCCAUGGCCACGCCCCCCUCCAUGGCCACGCCCCCCCAGCCGGGCUCCCUGGAUCUCUUCAGCUGGUCGGUGGAGGAGGGGGGGGUCGUGCUGGAGGCUGCCCCAGAUGGGGUGCUCUGUUCCCAGGGAGGGGGACCCGGGGUCGGUCCCGGACCCGACCCACCUGAACCGGGCCCCACGGACCCCCCCACCCCACCCCACAAGAGGCUACGCAGAAUGAUCCCAGAAUGCACUGGGGCGACGACCUCCGCAGCCCCGCUCCCAACAGAGAGGGCCGGGACCCGGUCGCUCCAGGGACCCACCACCCUCCUGGCUCAGUGCCUGGAGCCAGGCCAGUACGGAGCAGGCGGGACAGGAGCAGGCGGGACAGGAGCAGGCCGGAGGUUCUCGGUCCUGGUGACUGCGGUCCACCCCUGUCACCUGAAGGAGAUCACGAUGCGGUCAGGUGUGUGGGCGGGCAGCAGCGUUCCGCUGGCCACCAUCGUUGUGACCGACCAAUCAGGAGUGGAGGUGAAGGUGUUGCUAUGGAGACGAGCCGCGUUUUGGGCUCUGACCGUUUUCCCUGGGGACAUCCUGUUGAUCACAGGCCUGGAGGUGAACCACGAUACGUGGCGUGGAGAGACGCUGCUCCGGUCCAGCUUCAGCAGCAAGCUACUGAACCUCGGCCCCCUCACCCCCUCCAGCUCACCACCAGCCCCUCAGUGUGUGAGCAGGGAGGCGGUCCGGUCUCUGUGUGUGUUUGUUGCGGCGCGGCGCCCUCUGCUGGCCACCCUGUGCCGGCGCCCCACCCAGACCCUGGACAGACUGCCCUACAUCCGCCUGGCCGCCCUACGGACACACACCCUGGGCCACGCCCUGCUGAGGGUCACACACACACACACCUGCACAGAGUGGCGUGGGGAGGCUGGGGGCGGGGCCCGGCGCGGAGGGGUCCAGAAGGCGGUGCUUAGCGUGGAGCAGGGCGACGGGCGGCGGGGCUGGCUGGUCCUCUGGGGGUCCACCCUCACGUGGCUCCCCCGCAUCACCCGGAACACAGACGCCGUGUGGGACUUCCGGUAUCUUCUGGUGCGGGACGGCGUGACCUCUGACCUCCCAGAGCUCCACUCCACCCCCUGGGGGGCGGUCCAGCCGGUGUUCCCCCAGGACAGCCGCGCCCGGGAGUUCUGCAGCACCCCCGGCCCUCCUGGCCCCCCGGAGCUGGACCUCGGCACGCUGCUGUCCCAGAGACACUCAGGUGACGUGGAUCUCCGGGUGAACAUCACAUCCUUCCAGUUCCAGGCUAGCCUUUCCCAGAAUGCACCUGUUGCACGGCUGGACAGCGAGGCGUCGCUGGAGCGCAUUGUGGAGACGCUCGGAGGAGACGUGACCUACGCUGGCUGCGGCCGCUGUGCCUUUGAGCUGGGCACCGACGCCAACGGCAUCUACCUGCCCUGCUACCCCUGUCUGCCUCACACCGGCGUCAGGCGCUACUACAGGCCCGGUCUCCUGGUGGUCAGCGAGGGCUCCAGCACGGUGGGGGUUCAGGUUCCUCCGGUCCUCCUGGAGAAGAUCCUGGAGACACCAGCAGACAGACUCUACAAGACCGUCGACCCGGGGUCAGAGGUGAGACAUGUCCGUCUGGUGGCAGAGAGGAUUCAGUCUCUUGUCACGCUGCCGCUGAAGAGCUUCCUGUUGACGGUCCGCAGUCACUUUCUGUGCGACGAGAACAGUGUUCCCCUGGUGCAGGACUUCCUGUUGCUGGACCUCCAGUUCCCAGGAGAACUAGUUCUGCGGUCCUUCACCGCCACCCUCUGCGCGGCGCACGGGCGCGGCGCAUUGGCGCAGCGCAUGGACGCGGCGCUCCCCUCAUCCAAUCAGCGAGUAUUGAAGGCAGUUGGUGUUCAAGCCCUUCAGAGCAAUACGAGGUCCCUGGGUCCUGGACCAUCAUCUUCCUCAUCGGCUGUUUGGUGGCUGCCUGUUGCCAUGUCAGCAAUCAGGAUGGCCGACGCUUCGUACCACGGCUACGAGAACGACAACGAGCUGCUGAUGAACCUGAACUAUGACUACAUCCCCCCAGUGGACAUCAAGACAGAACCCUACAUCCCAGAGAACGCUCACGGACCAUACAUCCAGAUCAUAGAGGAACCAAAGCAGAGGGGCUUCAGGUUCCGGUAUGAGUGUGAGGGCCCGUCCCACGGGGGGCUCCCGGGGGCGUCCAGCGAGAGGAACCGGAGGACCUACCCCACCGUCAAGGUGAAUAACUACGUGGGCCAUGCACGGGUGGAGGUGCAGCUGGUGACCCACAGCGACCCCGCGCGGGUCCACGCCCACAGCCUGGUGGGCCGGCAGUGCACCGAGAACGGGACCUGCACCCUGGACGUGGGCCCCAACGACCUCACCGCCUCCUUUAGUAACCUGGGGAUCCUCCAUGUGACCAAGAAGGGUGUGAUGGAGGUUCUGACGCGAAGGCUGAGAGAUGAAAGGCGGCAGCAGAAGGGCCUGCACCACCUCUUCUCUGAUGCAGAGGACAGCUCCAUGGUGAAGGAGGCCAAGGAGCUGGGGAAGGUGAUGGACCUGAACAUCGUGAGGUUAAAGUUCACCGCCUACCUCCAGGACAGCAACGGGGGCUUCACAAGAGCCCUGAAGCCCGUGGUGUCCAACCCCAUCUACGACAGCAAGUCUCCCAACGCGUCCAACCUGAAGAUCUCUCGGAUGGACAAGACGUGUGGAUCCGUGUUUGGAGGAGAUGAGAUCUUCCUGCUGUGUGACAAAGUCCAGAAAGACGACAUCGAGAUCCGCUUCUACGAGGAGGACGAGGAGGGGGCCUGGGAGGCCUUCGGAGACUUCUCCCCAACGGACGUCCACAAACAGUAUGCCAUCGUGUUCCGGACCCCCCCCUACCACAGCAUGGAGAUCCAGGGCUCUGUCCCGGUGUUCCUGCAGCUGAAGAGGAAGAAGGCCGGAGACAGCAGCGAGCCCAAGAUCUUUACCUACGUCCCCCACGUCCACGAUAAGGAGGAGGUGCAGAGGAAGAAGCUGAAGCCCCUCUCCCACUACGAGCCAUGGAGAGGGGGGGGGGGAGCAGGACCUCUAGAGGAGGAGUGUGAUUGGUCAGCCUCUAUAGCCUACCAACACAUGAACGGGGGCGGAGGAGGAGGAGGGGCAGGAGGAGGAGGAGGAAGCUUCAACAGCUACAGAGGAAGCUUCAACAGCUAUGGGGGAGGAAACCAGAUGUCAGGCUCCGCCCCUCAGACCGUGGUUGCCCAGCAGCAGACGACAGAUCAGACAGAUGGACAGAGUUCACCCUUACAGCAACAGCUGUUACAGCUAGUGGCCCGUCUGCAGCGGUCCAGAUCCCCUGGGGGGGGUCCGGCCCAGGGCUCCAGACCCCCGGCCCAGGCCCUGCUCCAGUACUGCAGCUCCGGAGACCCACGGGUCCUGCUGGCCCUCCAGAGACACCUGUGUGGGGUCCAGGACCACAACGGAGACACUCCUUUGCACCUGGCCAUCAUCCACCAGCAGUCUGGAGUGGUUCACCAGCUGAUCCACACUCUGCUGAGCAGCCACCAGAACCACGUCCUCAACACGCCUAACCAGCUCAGACAGACGCCGCUGCACCUGGCGGUGCUGAGCGGUCAGGUGAGGCUGGUGGAGGCGCUGCUGCGGGCGGGGGCUGACCCCGGCCAGGGGGACCUGGAGGGCCGCAGCCCGCUGCACCUGGCCGCGCUGGCGGCCGACGAGGCCCUGCUCCGCCCCCUCCUGGCUCACCUGGGGGAAAGCCACGCCCACCUGGUCAACAUGGCCGACUACCACGGUCUCCAUCCCCUCCACCUGUCAGUCAGGAGGGGCGGAGAGCGCUGUCUCCGCCUCCUGGUUGGGGGCGGGGCCAAAAUCAACGCUGGCGAGCAGAAGAGUGGAAGCUCUGCCCUCCACCUGGCGGUCAGAGACAACCUGUUCAAGGUGGCGUGUUACCUGAUCACAGAGCUGAAGGCGGACGUCAACGCGGCCACGUUUGGCGGGAACACAGCGCUGCACCUGGCCGCGAGCCAGGGCUCCCCCACCCUCUGCUCCAUGCUCAUAGCCGCAGGGGCCGACAAGAACCUGGAGAACGACGAGCCCCUCUCCUUCAGCUCCUCUUCCUCCUCAGACGAAGACGAAGACCAGGAGGAGGACCAGCCAAUCACAGCACAGCACCGAGGCCCAAAGGCCACCUCGCAGCCAAUCACCACUCGCAAGAGACCCUCGCCGGGCCACACCCCCCUGCAGCUGGCCACCUGUCAGAAGGUUAAAAAGCUGUUGGACUCGAGGCACAGUCCCAGAACGGGUCGUCAUAGUAACAAAAAAAUCAAGUGCAGCAGUCCAGAGCCCCAGCGGGGGGUCCUGGACGAGGAGACGCUGUCGUCCCUGCUGGGGGUGCUGCGUGUGGGGGAGGUGCCCUGGAGGGCGCUUGCUGAGCGCCUCGGCAUGAUGACCCUCGCCCACCUCUACCAGGACAGCCCGUCGCCAUGCCAACACCUGCUGCACAGCUACCAGCUUGGAGGCGGUGCAGUAGAGGGUCUGGUCGGAGCUCUUGAGGGUCUCGGGCUGACAGAGGGGGUCCGAGUCCUGAGACAAGCCCAGCUCCACCAGGAGAAACACACUGCAGACGCCACGGUUGACAGCGGCUUUGGCAGUCAACCAAUGGAGGAGGCGGUAGAGGAGCCCCCGGUGGCCAAUCAGUGAGCAGCAGGACUCACAAGAGUUGCAUCUCCUUCACUUCCUGGUGGGAUGAUGGAGGAGUCUAGUAGCCAAGAGCUCCACCCGCCCACGUACACCCAGUUGUGAUAUCAUCAUAGGACACUCGGUGGCCACGCCCCCAUUGUAAAAAAAGUUAUUGACGAAGUCAUGUAUAUAAAUAUAUAAAUAUAUUUACAUAUCUAAAUAUCUGUGGGUGGGCUGGAGGUCAGAGGUCAGAGGUCAGCAGUGUGUGUGUGUGUUUCUCAGCGGGGUCAGGUCAGAGAUUAGCAGUGUGUGUGCGUCUCUCAGCAGGGUCAGGUCAGAGAUCAGCAGUGUUUGUGUGUUUCUCAGCACGGUCAGGUCAGAGGACAGCAGUGUGUGUGUCUCUCAGCAGGGCCGAGUCAGAGGUCAGAGUUCAGCAGGGUGGGAAUCCAGGGGUCCCAGACCCCCUAAAGCAGAGGCAACAUUUGUGGGGAUCUCUGAAAGUCCUAAGUUAGUUGUCACUUGCAAUUGCCACUAAAAUGUACUUUAAAAGCUUUGUUUGUCCGUAUUCUUUAUUUCUUUAUUCACACAAAGGAUUCUAAUAAUGAUGGUGUUGUUUCCUGUGGGGCCACGGUCUGACCCUUUGAGGAGGUCGGCUUCAGGGGGUGUUCCUGGCGGCCCGACAGGAAAAAAAUGAUUAGAAUAGCUAACGCCAAGCUAAUGCCAAGCUAACGCCAAGCUAAUGCCAAGCUAACGCCAAGCUAAUGCCAAGCUAGAGCGUCUCCUCUCAGGGGGAUUCAGAGGAACAAAGCGUUGUUUCAAGUGGUCGUUUUUAUUUUAUGCAACUAGACUUUAGAAAGAAACAUUAGAAUCAGAUCAGCGUCACAUUCACAGGCUGGA